AAGUCGUGCUUUGCUACUGCAUGAAGUUCAGCCCGAGAGGAAGAGACGCUUGCCUGGGAGAAUAGCGAGUGCUUGCCCUGGUACCUCUUUCCUGUUCUGACCCCUACCCCAAUUCCAAGGCAUGAGGCACUCCGCUGUGUUCUCAGCAGUGACGACAGAGAACCUUAGUUUCAUCAGUGACGACUCAAGCAUUUCCCAGGCUGAGACCCCGAGUAGGUCCCCAAUGGCUCCAGUUCAAACCUGCUAGGCAGGAGAUUUCCAUCAAAUCGUCCAGCCUCUGCCGGCCAACCCCAGAACCAGCAGGAAGCAGACACUCACCUGUCAAACCUCAGUGGCAUUAGCUAAGAGCUUCCCACAGAACCCACUGAGUUCUGCUUCAAGGAUGGAAUCAGGUGAGGGAUCCUCAAUGUCCCCAGAAGCUGUCACCAAUGCCGGGCCUGGCAGCUCCUCCCUGGGGAAGCUUCGAGAGCUUCCUAUUGGAAUUGGCACCCACCCAGGGGAUCCUGACAGCCCGGCUGCAGCAGGAGAUGGCACUCCAGACACCUGCCCCUUGGGGGAGUCCAGAAGCAUCAUGAAGAUCCCCAACCGGGACAGCGGGAUUGACAGCCCGUCCUCCAGUAUAACCUGUGACAGCUUCCCCUGUGAGGAGGGCCCCGAGGUCCCCCCAGGUCCCACGAUGCUAGGGCUGCACUCUGAGACUGGUGUGGACAGCCAGGCGUUGCAGGACAGMCCCCAGGAGGAGGCUGACAGUGACGUGGGUGAGGAGCCCGACCCUGAGAAGAGCYCUGCGAGAGCUGAGGAGGACACCGGCCUGGCCCAGUGUUCUGACCCGCAGAAGCUGUUCAACAUCGCCCAGGAGCUCCUGCACACUGAAGAGACCUACGUGAAGCGGCUGCACCUGCUGGACCAGGUUUUCUGCACCGCGCUGACAAAAGCGGGGAUCCCUUCGGAAGUCACUACUGGCAUCUUCUCUAACAUCUCCUCCAUCUACCGCUUCCAUGGUCAGUUCCUGCUGCCCGAGCUGCAGCGGCGGAUCACGGAGGAGUGGGACACAAACCCCCGGCUUGGGGACAUCCUGCAGAAGCUAGCCCCGUUCCUGAAGAUGUAUGGCGAGUAUGUCAAGAACUUUGACAGGGCGGUGGGGCUGGUGAGCACGUGGACCCAGCGCUCGCUGCCGUUUAAGGACGUUAUCCACAGCAUCCAGAAGCAGGAUGUGUGUGGGAACCUGACGCUGCAGCACCACAUGCUGGAGCCCGUGCAGAGGGUCCCCCGCUACGAGCUGCUGCUCAAGGACUACCUGAAGAGGCUCCCCAGGGGGGCCCCGGACUGGAAGGAUGCGGAGAGAUCCCUGGAGCUCAUCUCCACAGCGGCCAACCACUCCAAUGCUGCCAUUCGGAAGAUGGAGAAAAUGCACAAACUCCUGGAGGUGUACGAGCAGCUGGGUGGAGAGGAAGACAUCGUCAACCCGGCCAAUGAGCUGAUCAAGGAGGGCCACAUUCAGAAGCUGUCGGCCAAGAAUGGCACGGCCCAGGACCGCCAYCUCUUCUUGUUCAACAGCAUGGUCCUCUACUGUGUGCCCAAACUGCGACUCAUGGGCCAGAAGUUCAGUGUCAGGGAGAAAAUGGACAUCUCUGGUCUCCAGGUGCAGGAUAUCRUCAAGCCAAACGCAGCACAUACAUUCAUCAUCACAGGAAGAAAAAGGUCCCUGGAGCUUCAGGCCCGGACAGAAGAAGAGAAGAAAGAAUGGAUUCAGGUCAUUCAGGCCACCAUUGAGAAGCACAAGCAGAAGAGCGAGACCUUCAGGGCGUUCAGCGGUGCCUGCAGCCUGGACGAGGACUCGGGCCUCUGCCCAGAUUCCCCGAUGGUGAGCACAAGCUCCCUGGAGCCUGCAUUGGUGACCGAUGGCAGUGGGGGUGCCAUAGGGCUCGAGUCCAGAAAACUCUCCUCGAAGGCCAAGCGUGACAAGGAGAAGCAGAGCUGUAAGAGCUGCGGUGAGACCUUCAACUCCAUCACCAAGAGGAGGCAUCACUGCAAGCUGUGCGGGGCAGUCAUCUGUGGGAAGUGCUCUGAAUUCAAGGCUGAGAACAGCAGACAGAGCCGGGUCUGCAGAGGGUGUUUCCUGGCAGAGCGGGUGGCCCCUGCAAGUCCCAGUGCUGAGGCUCCCUCUGAUUCCAAGCAGAGCACAGAGAAACCACCCGCCGUGGGUCCCCAGCCCAGCCUCAUCAGUGGCCCCCUGUGGCUCUCAGACAAUGGCACAUCCUGGAUUGAGGUGUGGGCCACCAUCCCCGCAUCGGACCCCCGGGUGCUGGACCUGCGUGGCAGCAGCGAGGAUGGCCGGCUGCCGCACGCCGUCCCUCUGUCUGGCUGCAGGGUGGGCACUCCAGACCCCGAGGAGGGACUGACAGCGGGACACCUGUGGAAGCUGCAGCAGGGUCAGCAGCGCUGGUACUUCAGGGCCCCCUCCAGGGAGCUGCAGCAGAGCUGGCUGGGAGCACUGCGUGCUGCUGCCCAGGGGGACACCACCCAGGAGAGCCCUGGUGCCCCGCAGGCCCAGGCCCCGACUGGCACAGCUUCUUCCUGAGCAAAGCUUUGCUCUCUGUGACAAUGACACGAGGAGCCGCUGUUCUCCCGGGAGGCAACGUCUGACCACAUGAAGAAGUGACGCACUGCGGGGGUGGGGCGGUGGGAAGUCCCACGGCUCAGACCCUGGAGGGUCUCUCUGCUUUGAUGAGGAGAAACUGAGGCCCRGAGAAGACCACCCACUUGCCCAGAGUCACCCAGCACGUCUCAGGAAAGAGCCCAAGUCUGGCUCUAGCCCAGCAGUGUGGCGGGAGCAGGGAACGUGGGCUACUGCCAAAGGCCACGUCCUCUGAGUCGGUCCUGUGGUCGCUUUGGCUCGUAAGACAGAGGAGGCUGUGUGGGUGCUGCCCAGCGAUGACCGCUUCCCACCGGGUCCGCUGUUGCUCCUGGAGUGGGCAGUGCUGCCUGGGGUCUGCCCUGGCCCCUGUGGAACUGGACUGGGACUUGCUUCUUGGGCUCCACCUGCCUUCUCCGCCCUCUCCGAGGCUCUGCCUCACGGCUCGCCGCCCUGUCUGAGCUACCCACGGAGGGACCAAGGGUGGACCUGCCCUGUCCCGCAGGACUCUCAGGUCCUGAACAGCCACACUCAGAAACACUGC